CGUGGUUUAGAAUAGAAUAGACUUUAUUUUUUGGUUUUCUAGUCAGGCCAACUGCUGUGGGACCCCAGCCAAAACUGAACAAGCCCUGGGACACAGAUAAUUUGGUGAUCCUUUCUAAAUUAGUUGGGUCACUUACUCUGUUGUUACACAAGGGUCUGGUCUAUGAAAGUUGUGUCUAUUACUGCUUUGACCUCCAGCACGCCUUCAGUGUCUUUUAAUUUGCAGGAAAGUAGGCUAUGGAAUUAUAAAGUAGGACAAGGACUUCUCGCUCACUAAAAAUAUUGAAAUUGAAAAGUAACGUAACGUGGGUUUAGCCUAUACCGAAACGUGCCGCUGCGACCGUAUGCUGGUUUGAGUGUCGUAGCCUGUAACGUUAACGCUGCAUUGACGAGGCGGAGCUCUGGAGGACAUGAGACACAAAACAGCCGCUUCACCUCCUUCGGCGAGUCAGGAACUACUGCAGAUGCAACGGAGCCUGGUUAAGUCCGCUAAGAACCUAAGAGUCUAGUCCAAUUAUCAUGAAGAGACCUGCAGAAAUCCUCUCCGCAGUGUGUCGUUGAGCCGACAUGGCUGCUUCAGCUACUACGACGGUCUAAAGAAUCAAGACAUUGCUCUGCCUCCUUCAACGAAAGCCAGAAUACGACUAUUCUUAUUGCAGUGUUGAAACACUCAAGAUGAACGAUGCCAAUCUAUCCCAGGAGUCUGUGAACUAUGUCCUCAGCGCCAGAUAGAUAGAGCUAUAUAAUCUUGUCUGUAAGCUGUUAGUAAUUUUCAACGCCAACGCGUUUUCUUUGAGGUGGAAGGAGCGCCUGCCUGCUUUAUCCUCUUGGACUAUUUCUGGAAUUCGAUCUUUAUCAUGGAAAGCUACACCGACAUCUUACUGGUGACUGCCAAUGUUGGAUCUUUAUUUGACAAUGUCGGGGAGAUGCAGAAGGAGUGGCUCCGAGAGUUCUACACGGCGGUCCAGACGUACAAAUCUCGCUUCGUGGCCCUCCACUUCCAGGAGGUGGGAGGGAAAGAGUACAUGGCCAACAUGGAGCACGCCGAGAACUUCAUCAGGAGCAUGGAGUCCAGUGAGGAGAUGCGAGACUUUGACCGUGUGUGUACCUACGUGGACAGCCACUUCAAAGCCCAGGACAGCUUCACUGCGCUGGGAAGCAUGUACUUCAUCCACAAGAGUGUGAAGAGCAUCUUCCAGUAUGACUUUAAUGCCCAAGAGUUUAAGGCCGUCGCUGGACAGAACAAGUUUGUGGGUUCUCUAGAGGGAGUGACCACCGUACAGAAAGAAAAAUUCCCAAAGAAUUUCUGGCCCGACGUGAGUUCUGAGUUUAAAUGGUCCAGGAAAGGCUACAUGAGGACACGAUGGCUCAUUGAUAACCAGGGGUUGGAUCUAGUGAAUGUGCACCUCUUCCACGAUGCCUCCAACCUGAUAGCCUGCAACUCCAGCCCCUCUGUGUACUCAGGAAACCGCAAGAAAGCCCUCAGAUACGUCAUCAACAGGAUAUCUGACAGUGACAGCCCCCUGCCUUUCUUUCUGUUCGGAGACUUCAACUUCCGCUUGGACACACUCAGCCUUGUGCAGCACCUGUCUAUCUCAGCUGACGUGCAGACAGUGAAGAAGGACAGCAGCAAUGAGGUGGAGAGAAUCAUCUGUGAGGAGAAAGACAACGACCACAAGGUCCUUCUGCAGAUUGAGACGAAGCUGUUUGCUUACCUUCACCAGGCGGUUUUCAGAGAGGACAACGGCCGAGCGCUGCUGAAGUAUGAUAAGGAGAUGGAGGCAUUUAAGGAUGUGAUCUCAGAGGAGGAGAUUGUCUUCCCGCCUAGUUACCCGUACAGUGAGGACUACUCUGAACCUACGCAGUACAUGAACACUCGUUGUCCAGCCUGGUGUGACCGCAUCCUCUUCUCACUCACCGCCCAGGACAUCAUACACAAGAGGCAGGACGGAGAGCCGGACUUGACCUACAACACGCUGGGCCCCAACGUGUGUAUGGGAGAUCAUAAGCCUGUGUUCCUGUGCUUUCCCCUGAAGACAAACACACCCUGACUUGGAACAUGACAACCAACCUCGACAUGCAGAGAGCUACCAACAUCCCAUACAGUAUCACUUAAUGGACACACACACACACACACACACACACACACACACACACACACACCCACACACACACAAAAACCUCAGCAUUAUAGGGGUGGAAUUACCUUCCAGCCAACCUCUCAAUCACUUCUUUUGCUUUAUCAUCACAAACAUACAUACGCACACACAGCCACACUCACUAUAAUGCAGAAGUCCAAGUAGACAUAUAUGAACACACACACACACACACACACACACUCUUACCUGUGUUGGAGCGGACUGCUGGAGACAGGUGGACGUGGACCAGAAGAGAGGCACUAGUAACUCCACCUGUGUUUCCGGUCUCCGUGGAUACAACACAGACAGACAGUUCACCUUCAUGGAAACAACAUAGGCAGUUAAACCACCAUAGAAACGACAGUUCCGAGCUCCAUGGAAACAACAUAGGCCGUUUAAGCACCAUAGAAACGACAGUUCCGACCUCCAUGGAGACGAUUAAUGCAGUUCCAUCCUCCAUGGAGACGAUUAAUGCAGUAAUGAGCAGCAUGGAAUCUGAAACAGCACAGGCAGCCCCACCCCGCUUCAGCUUCCUCCUGGACUACACACACACACACACACACACACACACACACACACACACACACACACACACACACACACACACACACACACACUGCUACCGGACACAACCGUUUACACACUAGUAUUGAGCACACACUCACUCUACUCUACAGACACAGGAGCAUGCCUGACAGGAGAUGCAUGCAGCUUCCUCUCUUAUCUUAUCUUCUCUUCUCUACUCUAGAUUUUAAGGUGGUUUUUUUAAAGCGUUUAAUGAUUUCUUUUGUUUUGUGAGGCGGGGGGGGCGGGUUAGUCCACUAUAUUUGCGUUUAUGCAUGGUAGACACUUGCUGCUGUCAAUGAAACUUAAACAGCGUAAGGCUUCUGCAGGGCCCUCUUAGACUUUCAUCAUCAUCAGAGUGACACACACACACACACACACACACAGUGGAGCUUAGAACUCAUCUGGAUUCCCCUCCCUGUCUCAGUCCCCCACUGAGUCCCCGCUGUCAUGGCGAUGUCCCUUGUCCACGCGAUCGAUGGUCGCCAUCGGCGAUCACCAGGGAGACAUUCAGCCUCCUCCAGCUCAGUGUGAGGUGUGGGCGCCACGGCAACCAGAUUCACACAGACUGCCAAUUACUCCGUCUGCAGUCUGACCUCUACUGCUCCCAACAUAUACACACACACACACACACACACACACACACUCACACACUCACAAACACACGCGCACACACACACACAUGCUGUGGGACUCCAAUCUAUGUCUAUGUUUGACCAUUUAUUGACAUUUUAGUAUGUUUUUAGCCGUGUAUAAGAUGUGAAUGUACACCACGUUAGAGAGGAUGAUCUGGACCUGCUUGUGAUGGAGCACUGGUCGGCACGCGCAGCUGGGGUGCUAACUUCCAUUUAGCUGCAAGGGUUCUAAGAGGAGGUGUGUGUGUGUGUGUGUGUGUGUGUGUGGGUGAGGCGCAGCCUGAGCCACGUCAGAGAGGCUUCUCUCCUGAUGGCUGGUUUGUGUGUGUGUGUGUGUGUGUGUGUGUGUGUGAAUGCAGUCAAGCUGACAGCUCUGAAGAGCUUGGAUGGAGACACAGGCUAGGCGCGUGCUAACUCGGGUCCAUGUGCAGCAGUCCAGAAGGUUUGCCCCUUGUUGCCAAAUCAAGCGAUGUUUACUGUUUCCCUCUGCUGUCUGACUGCUAUCAUCACGCAUGCACGUGAUGCACACUCGGCUAGGCGCACACCGGUUUAUAGCUGUAUUACCAAGUUCUGAAUUUAAAAUUAGGAGUAGCUGGUAUAAUGGUUUAUAGAUAGAUAGAUAGAUAGAUCUAUAUAUGAAUAACACUUUGAAGUGUAGGUUUUUUUUUCCCCUUCCUGUACAGUGUUUGUGAAACAGUUCAUAUGAUCAAUAUUGUAACUCUUUUUUCUUCUUCUUCUAUUAUUCCAUGUUAUUAUAGAGAUAGACAGAGUUGCCAUUAUAAAAACCCACAUUGAUUGUCUUGAUGAUGUUGCCUUGGUAACAUGUGCACCCAUUCUUGUACAGAAUGCUUUCUUUUUGGAUGUAGCUCUGGCCGUCAGGCGUCGAUAUUUAUUCUUUAGGCUACCGUCAAUGGUGUGUGAAAUGGUGGUGUGAUGUGACAAGCAGGUCAUUAGUCCCAAGUUGUUUUAAUCUAUUCAUUAUCCAUAUGAUCUGGAUUCCCCCCCCCCCCCCCCCUGCAAACCCCUCCACUCAAUCACCUAGGGAGACAGGAGUAAGAUGGCCGCCCCGGCCGCUGCCGUGGCCCGGCUGUCGAUAAUAGACUUGUAGGAGUUGAUUCAUGGUGAGGUUGACGUAAUGGAGUGCUCCCUCGGGCCCCCGGCACCGGCGUGCCGUUAGGAGCCAGUGGGCACCGUGUCCUAGGAGUGCGGAUGCAGCUUGGGGAAGGUGUGUGUCCACACACACACACACACACACGCUCACACACACACACACACAGAGAGAGCACUACACUGAUGUAAGAUGUAAUUUAUUUUUGUACAUAAACAUGGACCAUUGAAAUGUAUCCACUGAGGAAUUGUUUUAAGUACUCUUGCCUUUUAACAUAAACAAGGAGAAGUUCA